GCCUCUUUUCAUCACAAUGACAACUUUCGCUCCUGUUUUGAACCCAUUCAUGUAGCAACUAGAGAAUCAGAAAAUAGCCUGGUUAAAAUUGGGCCGCGCGUAAUGGCAGUGUGGCGAGAGCGAUAAUAGGAUGCGCAUUAGUCAGCGCGCAAGAACAUCUGUGAGUUUUUGUCAUCAGGCGAGCUUGUUAAGUUCAUGGAUAAAAGGCGCGCGCCAUGGUGCUGGGCGACUCCAACGGAACCGGCACGGGAGGCGCACUGAGCACGGGGAGCAGCAUGAAGUCCAUUGUGAUCGAGGAGCGCCUAUCCGACCCCGGCGCGGCGGCCAGUACCAACAUGUUGAUAUCCGAGGCGUUGGUGCCACGGCUCAUCAGCAUUGCGCACGAGGCUGGAGGUGCUGUGGUAGCGGCUGCAGCAGCAGCAUCAUCGUCGGGGUCCGACGGCAUCCUGCCCUCCGGCUCUCCGAGUCUACUGAUGGAGAUGACCAACGGCUCGCUCUGUGGUGAGCAGAUUCUCAGCCACGGCAAAGUGGAGAAGGCCAUUAUUGGCAUAGUGUUGACUCUGCUUACGCUUAUCACAAUAAGUGGCAAUCUUCUCGUGGUGAUCUCCGUGUGUUUCGUGAAGAAGUUAAGGCAGCCUUCAAACUACUUGAUCGUCUCCCUCGCUCUGGCAGAUCUUUCCGUGGCGCUUGCUGUCAUGCCCUUCGUCAGCAUCACGGACCUCAUAGGUGGCCGAUGGAUUUUUGGGCAGUUUUUCUGCAAUGUUUUUAUUGCCAUGGAUGUGAUGUGCUGUACCGCGUCCAUCAUGACGCUGUGCGUAAUCAGCAUUGACAGGUACCUCGGCAUCACCAAGCCCCUGACCUAUCCCGUGAGGCAGAGUGGGAGAUGCAUGGCGAAAAUGAUCUUCUCCGUGUGGCUGCUGUCAGCCUCCAUCACCCUCCCCCCUCUCUUCGGCUGGGCUCAGAAUGUCAAUGACGACCGAGUGUGUCUCAUCAGCCAGGACUUUGGCUACACCAUCUACUCCACCGCGGUAGCCUUCUACAUCCCAAUGACUGUGAUGCUGGUCAUGUACUAUCGCAUAUACCGCGCGGCCAAGCUGAGUGCGGCCAAGCACACCAUCACCGGCUUCCCUCGGCCAGUCGUGGAGGAAGAGGGGCCCGACGCAGACGCGGACGGCGAGGAGCGAGGUGUGGACUGCGUGUCUGUGGCGCUGAAGUUACACCGCGAGGUGGAAGACUGUGCGCGCCUGUCCCGCCUGCUGCGGGCGGCCAGUGGCAACGACCACAAGAGCAUUUCCAUCUUCAAGCGGGAACAGAAGGCGGCGGCCACGCUUGGUGUCGUGGUGGGCGCCUUCACUGUCUGCUGGCUGCCCUUCUUCCUGCUGUCCACGGCGCGGCCCUUCAUCUGCGGCACCGAGUGCAGCUGCGUUCCGCUUUGGGUGGAGCGCACGCUGCUGUGGCUUGGUUACGCCAACUCCCUCGUCAACCCUUUCGUUUACGCUUUCUUUAAUCGCGACCUGCGCACUACUUACAACAACCUUAUAAGGUGCCGUUACCGAAAUAUCAACCGUCGCCUCUCUGCUGCUGGAAUGCACGAGGCCCUCAAGCUAGUGGAAAGGCCAGAUCUAGUGGUUUAAAAGAAAACACUUGUUGGUGACCUCUGGUGAAUUCUCUCAUUGUUCCCUAUGGAAAUGAAAACAGUUUUCUCUGACUAAACUGAAAGAUACUGUUGAAGCUUGGCAGAGUACUAAGGAUUGCCUAGAUGGAAGCCUAUCUGGCCCUCCACGGUGACAUUUCAUGAGUGUAACCGGCUUACACAGAUUCAUUUUCUGAACAUCAAGGUUCAAAGAAAUUGAAGAAGUGGUCAGUUUCUACACAGAUGCUCUGCAGGCACUCAAUUAUGGUGUAGUUUUGCACCCAGCAGAGACACAGGUUUAACCCCCAGGGAGCAGGUUGAAUAUAUCCGUAUAAAACAGCUCAUUUAGGAAGUGGAGCUCAAUAACUAGACGUGGAGCGUUAUAAAUUGAAACAUGCUAUAUUGAUGAUGUAGCAGGAGAGCGGGACAAAAGGAAAAGCUGCUCCAUUCUGUUUUGACAAGUCAUGGACAUAACAUCCUAAUUUAUCCCCACAGCUCAUGGGGCUGUAAUAUGUUCAUCCAAAGAGACCUAGGAGGGAUAAUGUAGAAAUGUAUAAAGGACAGGGUUUUCUGUAGCCUGUGUGUUUCAUCAACACUUCAUGCACAGCGUUAAACUUAAGAUCAAGGUAUGGUGAUGCAAGACAAGGUUAAGAUCAUUUUUUUUCGUCCACUGAUUAAAAUGCAUCUUGCACUCACGACGCCGCUGCGGGCAGGACUCCUGAGAAGAUAAAAAGAUAGCGCCCCAAUGCUCUAUCCAUACUGGUCCCAAAUUGUUUAGCAGCAGCUGGCAUUGUGAACACACACAGGGUGGGCACAAGGGCCCUGACAGCUUUGGCUGUGCCCCCCCCCCAUACCAAUACAUAAAGUGUAAUGAGGAACCCAUUUUGGAGCCCCCCUCUCCCUAGGCUCGUGAGUCGUGACAACUGACCCCUUUGUCACCCCGCCCCCACUUUCCUGAGGGAGGCAUGCUGUGGGGCAUGAAUUGGGUAUGGUGAGUCACUAGGCCUUGGUCUGUUAUCUUUUCAGAGCAGUCUUUAGUUUGAGCUAAAUGAAUGCAAGGCUGUUUUUGUCAAUAUCAUCCGUGACUUUAGUGUGUCACGGCAGCCGUGUCAGCUGUGAUGCUCUUAAAGGGGUUUCUCUGUACUUUUUGCCUACUUUGACACACAGAGUAUGCAGGAUGUGUCAUAGUGAUGUACUGUUUUUUUAAUGUAUGGAAAAAGAACUCCUUAAGGGAAUACAUCUCACUGUAACAAUCUGGGACAUAUAUUGACCCAUACCCAUACCCCUUAUUCGUCAAGUGUCAGCACUUAUUCAUUUUAAUGAACAUGGUUUUAUUGAUGUUGGGCUGUGCAAAAGCAUCUUCCUUUUGACUAUCUGUCCAUUGCAUUUUGACGUCUACAAAGCACUUCUGUACCAACCAAACAAACUCGUCACUCUCUCCCCCAAGUGUCCCUGUGUGGGUGUGACGACAUAGGCCAUUCUAGUAUUUAGCACCAACCCACUGAGGUUAAGUGUAGGGCAGAACGAAACUGGAUUCCUGAUCUGUGUCUGUGAUUUUGUCCAUGUACACUCUCUCUGGGCCAUUUAAUGGCUACACUCUUGAAUUACCAGUAACCUUCACAGGACACACAGAUGCAGUCUCCCGAGGGAGCAUCUAACAAGGUCUGUUGGAGGACGUAAUGGAGUGCUCUUCACACCAACAGACUUUAAAAACAUGAAUGUUUAUUAUCAACCAUGGCGAGCAGUAUUUCUUUUCUUGUUUAAUUUUUUUGGAAGAUGUACAGGCACAAGUUGUAAUAGACUGUGACGUGUUGUUAUUUUUUCAUACAAUGUACCUAUUUAAUUUUGAGAAGUUUACAGCCUGUUGUACAGCAUGUCAGUCAUAGUGAAAAAAAACAUUUCAGUGUUAAAUGAGAUUGUGGAAAAUUCCAUGAAUUUUCUAUGUAAGCACCUAUUUGUUGUAUUUUUUCUAUUUAU